CCUUCACUGCAUGAUGUGAGUGUUGUGUUGCUGGAGUUCCUUCACUGCGUGUCGUGAGUGUUGUGUUGCUGGAGUUCCUUCACUCUGUGUCAUGUAUGUUGUGUUGCUGGAGUUCCUUCACUGCAUGAUGUGAGUGUUGUGUUGCUGGAGUUCCUUCACUGCGUGUCGUGAGUGUUGUGUUGCUGGAGUUCCUUCACUCUGUGUCAUGUAUGUUGUGUUGCUGGAGUUCCUUCACUGCGUGACGUGAGUGUUGUGUUGCUGGAGUUCCUUCACCCUGUGUCAUGUAUGUUGUGUUGCUGGAGUUCCUUCACUGCGUGACGUGAAUGUUGUGUUGCUGGAGUUCCUUCACUCUGUGUUAUGUAUGUUGUGUUGCUGGAGUUCCUUCACUAUGUCAUGUGUGUUGUGUUGCUGGAGUUCCUUCACCGUGUCAUGUAUGUUGUGUUGCUGGAGUUCCUUCACUGCGUGACGUGAAUGUUGUGUUGCUGGAGUUCCUUCACUCUGUGUUAUGUAUGUUGUGUUGCUGGAGUUCCUUCACUAUGUCAUGUGUGUUGUGUUGCUGGAGUUCCUUCACUGUGUGACGUGAGUGUUGUGUUGCUGCAGUUCCUUCACCGUGGGUCAUGUGCACUGUUACUGGAGUGCUCAGUUCCAUCACCGUGGGUCAUGUGCACUGUUACUGGAGUGCUCAGUUCCUUCACCGUGGGUCAUGUGCACUGUUACUGGAGUGCUGGAGUUCCUUCACCGUGGGUCAUGUGCACUGUUACUGGAGUGCUCAGUUCCUUCACCGUGGGUCAUGUGCACUGUUACUGGAGUGCUCAGUUCCUUCACCGUGGGUCGUGUGCACUGUUACUGGAGUGCUCAGUUCCUUCACCGUGGGUCAUGUGCACUGUUACUGGAGUGCUGGAGUUCCUUCACCGUGGGUCAUGUGCACUGUUAGUUGAGUGCUGGAGUUCCUUCACCAUGGGUCAUGUGCACUGUUACUGGAGUGCUGGAGUUUCUUCACCAUGGGUCGUGUGCACUGUUACUGGAGUGCUCAGUUCCUUCACCGUGGGUCAUGUGCACUGUUACUGGAGUGCUGGAAUUCCUUCACCAUGGGUCGUGUGCACUGUUACUGGAGUGCUCAGUUCCUUCACCGUGGGUCAUGUGCACUGUUACUGGAGUGCUGGAGUUCCUUCACCGUGGCUCAUGUGCACUGUUACUGGAGUGCUCAGUUCCAUCACCGUGGGUCAUAUGCACUGUUACUGGAGUGCUGGAAUUCCUUCACCAUGGGUCGUGUGCACUGUUACUGGAGUGCUCAGUUCCUUCACCGUGGGUCAUGUGCACUGUUACUGGAGUGCUGGAGUUUCUUCACCAUGGGUCGUGUGCACUGUUACUGGAGUGCUGGAAUUCCUUCACCGUGGGUCGUGUGCACUGUUACUGGAGUGCUCAGUUCCUUCACCGUGGGUCAUGUGCACUGUUACUGGAGUGCUGGAGUUUCUUCACCAUGGGUCGUGUGCACUGUUACUGGAGUGCUGGAGUUUCUUCACCAUGGGUCGUGUGCACUGUUACUGGAGUGCUCAGUUCCUUCACCGUGGGUCAUGUGCACUGUUACUGGAGUGCUGGAGUUUCUUCACCAUGGGUCGUGUGCACUGUUACUGGAGUGCUCAGUUCCUUCACCGUGGGUCAUGUGCACUGUUACUGGAGUGCUGGAGUUCCUUCACCGUGGGUCAUGUGCACUGUUAGUUGAGUGCUGGAGUUCCUUCACCGUGGGUCAUGUGCACUGUUACUGGAGUGCUGGAGUUUCUUCACCAUGGGUCGUGUGCACUGUUACUGGAGUGCUCAGUUCCUUCACCGUGGGUCAUGUGCACUGUUACUGGGGUUCCUUCACCGUUGGUCAUGUGCACUGUUACCAAAGUUCCUUCACCGUGGGUCGUGUGCACUGUUAUGGGAGUGCUGGAGUUCCUUCACCGUGGGUCGUGUGCACUGUUACUGGAGUACUCAAUUUCUUCACCGUGGGCCAUGUGCACUGUCAUGGAAGUGCUGGAGUUCCUUCACUGUGGGUCGUGUGCACUGUAACUGGAGUACUGGAGUUACUUCACCAUUGGUCAUGUGCACUGUAACCGGAGUUCCUUCACUGUGGGUCAUGUGCACUGUUACUGGAUUCGUUCACCAUGGGUCAUGUGCACUGUCACUGGAGUGCUGGAGUUCCUUCACCGUGGGCCAUGUGCACUGUAACUGGAGUGCUCAAUUCCUUCACCGUGGGUCAUGUGCACUGUUAUGGAAGUGCAGGAGUUCUUUCACUGUGGGUCAUGUGCACUGUUACUGGAGUACUGGAGUUCCUUCACCAUUGGUCAUGUGCACUGUAACCGGAGUUCCUUCACUGUGGGUUGUGUGCAGUGUUACCAGAGUUCCUUCACCGUUGGUCAUGUGCACUGUAACUGGAGUUCCUUCACUGUGAAUUGUGUGCACUGUUACUGGAGUUCCUUCACCGUUGGUCAUGUGCACUGUUACCAGAGUUCGUACACAGUGAUUCAUGUGCACUGUUAUGGGAGUGCUGGAAUUCUUUCACCGUUAGUCAUGUGCACUGUUACUGGAGUUCCUUUACAGUGGGUCAUGUGCACUGUUACUGGAGUGCUGGAGUUCCUUCACCGUUGGCCAUGUGCACUCUUACCGGAGUUUGUUCACCGUUGGUCACAAAGACUACCAUGGGAUACUGAGAAGUUAUAUACAAAGCAUUUUAGCUUUUUCUGUUAAAAACAAAUCAGAAGAGAUGGUUGAUCAUUUUUUUUAUUAUAUUGGAAAACCAGCGCCAACACUGUAUGGGUUCUAGAGCGCAGUGCAGUAAUGACAGAAGCAAAGCAGCCUGGGGUUCCAUGAACCAUGCUAGAGGUAACUACGUGUCUGCAUAACAUCCGUGUAACUACUAUAUAUGACUUGAAUUAUUUGUCCCCACCUCUCAUCUGCGUGCCCAUUACUUCCUCUAGCGUCCAUUAUUCUGCCUGUUGGUGUAGUUACUAUUACAUUCAUGGGGGAGCGCUAAACCUGUAGGGGUCAUACAGCGCCUGGAGGAAUGAGAGGCAUUCAGUCUAUUGUAAGGAAGCACAGAUCCAUUUCCUUAGAUCAGGAGCCCUUCACCGGCAUCAAGGAGCCUCCCUGGAGGAGCCUGCCCACCUACUGGCAACUAUUAUGGACCUCGCUUAACGAGGAAGACUUCCACUGUUUUGAUGAUCAUUUAUUUGCUCUGUCAUCCGGCUAGACAUACAGGCUGUAUUCUCACGGUCCCCUAUACAUGGAGUGCCCAGCUGUUAAAAUGGAUACCUUUAAGUACUCCAGGGCUGACAUCUGUAUGCCCGUUAUGGGGUCAUACAGUCUGCCAGCAGUGUUGAUUUUUCACUGGCCCACCAACCACUUAAGCAUCCCUUAUCUAUUUUUUUAAAGUUUCGUUUUCUCGGAAUUAACCUGGGUCUACACUUACCACCUCACAGUCUCUGGUGGCAUCUACUUCUCGGUCAGUGGUUGUGUUUCCUUGCAUUUUUCCUGAUGGGAGACCUGCCAGCACAGCUAACCACUUAUUCAUCCAGCAGCUCUAAGCAUUACCAAGGAUGUUACCACUGGCUCCCUGCUGGCAACUUUUUAUAAAUUACUGCCUGUCCAAGAAUCUGGGGAUGUAUUUCAGUCGGAAUGCCUAUUCAAACUGCUGCCGAACAGCUUUUGUGCCCUCCCUGCAAGUUUCGUUGGCCCAUUUCCUUAAAAUUUGACCUCUACCCAAUUUGGCUAUCCUUUCAUAUAACUUCAAUGUGCACUGUUAUGUCGACGCAUUACGUUCCCAAGAUUCCGCCUUUGAUGGAAUCUUGCCCUUAUUGGUAUUUACUUGAUGGAAUCUUGGGAGCGUAAUGUCCUUAUUGGUAUUUACUUGAACAGGCCUUCACAUGCCUAGAUUGACUAUCCUGUGUAUCACGUGUCUAUCCCUAGUCUUCAACAACACGGGAAGCGUGAUAGCAUUCGGAGAGUUCUAUUGGAUUCACCUUCUCCUUUCCUUUCUUCCACGGUGCCUCUUCGUUUUUGUGGCUUAUCUAUGAUGAUGCCUCUCAGUCUUCCACAAGUGUGAACUUCACCAGGUGUUUUGGCCCCCAUAUACUAUGCAGGGAUCUUCCAGAUGUAAACCUCUUCUCCACUAGGAAAAAUCGUAGUAGUUACCUAGCAAUGUAAUGAUAUCUUGGGUAAUGCCUUCAUACCAAGCUAUAAAAUGGGAUUUUUUCUAACUAAAUCACUUUUUUCAGUAAAUUACAAGUUUUAUAAUUUACAGUAAUACAUAGUAUUCGUAGUACUAUAAUCACAAAUUGAAUUUAAAGCAUAGAUAGCUUCUCAGUCUGUUCUGGACCUUCAACUUGAAAGAUAAUGGUCAAGACUGGAACCAAGUGUUUGAGUUUCAUCCCCAGUUUGUGGGUUGUGAAUUGCUCCAGCCAUGGUAUUGUGACUUAUUCUUUAAACUGUUGUUUCCAUAGAAAAAAUUCUGUUAUACUGCUUUAUUUUCAAGAUUCUGAAGCCAGAGUGUUUCGCCGGAGGCGGUCAGUAACCUCUGAGGGUGACACCAGCCUAACACCCCGCAAGAAGCGUCAAGCUGUACAUGUAUAUCUGCCACCUACACAUGUAUCUGAAGAGAGACUACCCUGGCUGGAUUUAACACCUAUACAAACCUAUUUUCUCCGCAAUGCACAGGUAUUGUUAUUCAAGAUUU